AAACAACUUGAAGUUUAUUUUGGUUACGCUUACUUAUGUCAAAUUACUAAUAUAUGCAUUAUGAUAUGGCUUUUAAACUCUCACCCUUCUGAACAAAGGAAAUCGUAAAAUGGGUAAAAUAUUUUUGGAUCAUAUUGGUGGAACUCGUUUGUUUUCAUGUGCUGCGUGUGAUGUAGUAUUAACAAAUCGUUCCGAAUUAAUCAGCACCCGAUUCACUGGAGCGACAGGUCGGGCGUUUCUGUUCCACAAAGUGGUAAACCUAGUAUAUUCUGAAGUACAGGAUAGAGUGAUGCUGACUGGGAGACAUAUGGUUCGCGAUGUUUCUUGCAAAAAUUGCACAACUAAGCUCGGUUGGGUCUACGAAUUUGCUACAGAAGAGAAUCAGAGAUACAAAGAGGGAAGAGUAAUCUUGGAACGAGCAUUAGUGAAUGAAACUGAAGGCAUUGAAGAAAUUCCAGUAAAUAAUGAUGAUUGAUUUACCUGAAUAGUUAAAUUACUGAAAAUAUAUUAGGAAUGAGGUCACACUUAGAUAUUCUCUUAUCAAACAUAUAAUUUUUAAUAAUUGUGUUCUUUCUUAUAUGUGUACCAUAUUUUAAACCACAAUCUGGCUCCCUAAACUGACAGUUGAAGAGUAGAUACUGGAAAUAAAAAUUUAAUAUUAUGUAA